AUGUCUUCGGCAAGACCUUCCCGUCAUCACCACGGGAUUCGAUAUGCCUCAGCUGAUCAUGAUAGACUGAAGCGCGCUUUGUUGCAGCCUGUUCAAGCAUGGGAAAAGAAAUGGCAGUAUCCAGUUGGCGGUGGGAAGAAUUUCAUGUUGUAUAAAUGGGUCAAAUGUAACAGAAAAAUGACCUUUGAUGAUGAGGAUGACGAAUAUGAAGACAACCAGCAACAUCAUCAAGCUGAAGACACACCGACCCCAACAGCAUUCUCCCUUGCCCCACCAACCGAAGCCUCAACCCCAUUACCAUCCGAAUCGGACGAAAACCGUCUACUUCGUCCACCUCCAGCACUUACAUCUGCUAAAUCAACCUCCUCUCUGCGCGGAUCAUCUGUUCCUUCUGCUGUGUCCACUCCGCUUGCAAAUAUAGGCGUUAAUACUCCGCAAGAAGCAGAAUCAUCCGCUGUUGAUAGUCCCUACAAUGAUGAAGAUGAGGAAAUGGUGGUUGUAGACGAGAGUAGCACGAAUGUCACUGAGAGAAAAGAAGGUGUUAUCAGCAGUAGCACUAUUGGUAUUGGAGACGGGAAAAUUGAGGGUGCGGGAAUUGUAAGUGAAGGAAGUACGGAGAAGAUAGAGAAGGCAGAUAAUAAGGAGAAGCAGGACGAGGUUAAACUAGGCGAAGACAAGGUUGAUAAUGUCAGCGUUGGUGGUAUUGAUAAUAUCAACAUUGGCAGUAUUGAUAAUACCAACAUUGGCAGUAUUGAUAGUAUCAACAUUGGCGGUAUCGAUAAUAUCAGUAUUGGCGUUAUUGAUAAGACCAACAUCAACAACAUUGAUAAUACCAACAUCAAUAGUGUUGUUAAUACUAACAUCAGUGACAUCGACAAUAUCAACAUCAGUAGUAUUGUUAAUAACAACAUCAGUAGUAUUGGUAAUACCAACAUCAGCGACAUCGACAAUAUCAACAUCAGUAGUAUUGGUAAUACCAACAUCAGUGACAUCGACAAUAUCAACAUCAGCAGCGGUGACAAUAUUAGUGGGAACAUUGAUAGCGUAGAUAACAUUUCCAUUGCUGUUAAUAUGGACAUCUUUGGUGAUGGACAUGAAGCUGGAGGCGAGAAGGAGGAAGCAAGCCAAGUGGGAGGACUAAAAGUUGGUGCAUUCUGGAAUCCCGCCGGAGAGUCGACUGCCCAUAGUAGCGAGAUUGGUGAACAGAAUAGUCCUUACCAGGAUGUUGGUGUAUUUGAUCAGGGUGGUGAAAGACAAGUAAAUGAGGUGGGAGGUGAAGAAGGUGAGAUUGAGGAUGACUUUGAUCUCGAUGAAUUAUGA